GUCCCGCUGACAGCACGUGUCCGUCUCCCGGUGCCGGGCUACGCGGUCGAAUUCGGCAAGUGCUUCAGUAUACCUAGUAGUGCAGUCACUGACUUCUCAAGUGUCGAAAUAGUCAUUAUGAAUGCUCGUGAUUCAAACAAUUGACUGCCUCAUCUUAUCUCUAUCUUUCUCAAUAAUAAUCACCUUUUGCCAGGCGUUAGGUCGACUCAUUUUACCCCAAAGGAGUGCAGACACCGGCCAAUCCUCAGUGUCUCACUGGACCGAACUCAGACCUCACGAUCAUCCCAUGCGAUAUGAAAGGCUGUUGCCCUCCUUUAAUAUCACAGGACUACUAUACACCGUCAGGCAUGUACAAUACCACAUAUCAACCAUCGCAGGGACGAACCAGGGACGAACGAACAACAUAGUCCAUAUCAUGAAAUCUGUGACCCCAGAUUCCCUCCCCCCCAACUCAAAUCAAGACAUAACCAUCAUGUACACGACAAAGACACACUCCACCCCCUCCUUACCUCCAAUCUGAGCUGGCAUAUGCACAUACUCGCAUGCACCGUACCGAGGCUGCUGUGGCUCUCUCUCUCUCUCUUUCACCCCUUCCGGGAAGAAACUUGGCAAGCCAAAACCUAAACAAGCAAG